CUGCUGCUCCUGCUGCGCCUGCUUCUCCUGCAACCGCAGCUGCGCCUAUAGGGAGGGAGUAGUGUGUGUGUGUGUGUGUGUUGUCAAGAUGGACGACCAACAGAAAGAAUCUUCAGUGUCUCUGACCUCGACAGAAGCCAAAGCUUUUGAGUUCGCUCAGGAGGCCGUGAUGGUCAAGUCCGUCCCUGUGGCAGAGGGCACCCCGAUCAUCAAGGGCUUCGACUUCAACACAGGCAGAGAUCUCGACGGUAUCAUGGCGGCGGCGAUGACGACUGGUUUUCAGGCGACGAACCUGGCGAAGGCCGUCGAGGAGGUGAACCGCAUGCGAAGGUGGCGGCUGAGCGACCGCCCGGUCAAGCCGGACGAGGACGACGACCUCAAGGACCCGGCCGUGAGGACCGGGGUCAAGGCCACCAUCUUCUUCUCGUACACCUCCAACAUGGUGUCGUGCGGCGUGCGCGAGACCAUCCGCUUCCUCGCGCAGCACAAGAUGGUGGACUGCAUCGUCACGUCGGCCGGGGGCGUAGAGGAGGACUUCUUGAAGUGCCUGCGACCGACGUACUUGGGCGACUUCAACCUUAAGGGCAGAGACCUCCGGCUCAAGGGGCAGAAUCGCAUCGGCAACUUAGUCGUGGAGAACAGAAACUACUGCGAGUUUGAGGACUGGCUUAAUCCCAUCUUGAACAAGAUGACCGACGAGCAGGAGGCUGAAAAGGUGGUGUGGACGCCCUCGACGAUGAUCGAGCGUCUUGGCCGUGAGAUCGAUAACGAGGAGUCCAUCUACUACUGGUGCGCGAAGAACGACAUCCCGGUCUUCUGCCCGGCGUUGACGGACGGGUCGAUAGGGGACAUGAUUUACUUCCACAAGUACAAGCGCCCGGAGUUUAUCCUGGACAUCUCGGGGGACGUGAAGCGAAUAAACGACAUCGCCGUACGGGCGCCGUGCACCGGCAUGAUCAUUGUCGGAGGCGGAUUGGUGAAGCACCACGUCUGCAACGCGAACCUUAUGCGGAACGGGGCUGACUUUGCGGUUUUUAUUAACACAGGUCAAGAAUAUGACGGCAGCGACUCCGGGGCGCGGCCGGACGAGGCGGUGUCGUGGGGCAAGAUCAAGCUCGACGCUAAACCUGUAAAGAUUUACGCGGAAGCAACGCUGGUUCUCCCCCUCCUCGUGGCGCAGACCUUCGCCAAGGAUUUCCAUGACCAGCGCGCGGCGGAGGCAUAGGACGAAAAAAAUCUACCGCCGACGUUGACUCUUCUCCUUGCAGCAUAAGGGUGUGUGCAACGGCGGCGGUGGCGGCGCCUGGGAUAAUUUUCGUCGGCGUGUUCGUGUCGGCAAGCCGAGGAGCAGCUGCACCGGGCCACGCUGACCAAGCACAAUGCGGCGACUUGGGAAGGGAACGUUUCGCACUUUGAUCCUGUGAGACGCGGAGGGUUUCGUAGAAUGGUCGACGAGGCCGCACUCGAACUCGUGAUUGCGCCGCGUACGUUCCGGAGGUGAUUUGCGCUGUGCAGGUCUUCAGGAGAUCACCGGCACCAAUUGACACGCAUAUCGGGUGGUGCGUUCUUCCAGUGCGCCGCUUGUCAGGGUGUUUGCCUUCCCCCCACCCCAACCCGCCCACACAUUGGCAGCAAUAACGGCGCUGCGGCGUAAAGGCCGCAGGUCAUGAGCAGCUACCGCGACAACGCCUGCCAGGCAACGGCGUGAUUGUGUUUUGUGCAAGUGUUCGAUAAAACAAGGCGGAGGUGUCGUCAUGUACUGAGCGGCAAUGCAUGGGCGUGCGUGGGAGGCGAUGCAACAACCGGUUCGGAACUAAGGGUGCAUGCAUAAUCUCCAAAUGGCGCCUGCCCUCGCCUGGCACACGGUGAUCAACAAUACCGUGUACCACGCUAAGAACCAUUGCUGCUCUGUGCGGCCUUGUCGUAUCAUCAUAUGACGUCCAGACCUAUGCGUCGUGUUUCCUUGCGCGCCUGGUAGACAUUCACAGCAGAGGGCACUCCGGUCCCCGGGUAGGAAAACGUUCCGGCGAGGCGGACAAGGAAAUAAACAAAUGCGUGGUU